AUGGCGGACCACGGGGUCGGCACCCGGCAUCCCAAAGCAUGCAUUACCUGUGCCAAGGCUAAAGUACGAUGUUUACCGGAAGUUAACGGGCCUUGCAAACGUUGUCGCCGGCUGGGUAAAGAAUGCGGAAAUCAAUUACCCGGGGCCCAUCGACGUGAAAAAAGACUAGAGCCGAGGGACUCAGAUGUUGCAGCCCUUGAGGCCAAAUUAGACCGCAUGGUCGCCAUGUUAGCCGCCUCAGAACGAAAUGCCAGAGAGCGGUUAGAAACUGGGCCAGCAACCACAAGAUCUUCGCCUACAUUCGAAGAAAUUAUCGCUGCUCCUGGGGAGAUUGAAGGCCAACUGUUUAUGGAGGUAUUUUUCGAAAAAUUGUUUCCUCUCUUUCCAUUCGUGACGUUCCCAUCGCACGUCACUGCGGAAGAGCUGCGUCGAGAGAAACCAUUCCUUUAUCUGAAUAUUUCAAUGGUUGCGUGCCAGAACGCCAGGCGGCAGCGAGAAAUAGUGGACGCAGUACAGGGCUAUGUGGCUGAACACAUUGUUAUAAGAGGAGAAUAUAGCCUGGACCUGCUCCAGGGGCUUCUCGUUAAUGUGGCCUGGUUCACUUCAGUGAGUCGCUUUCCGCGACCUGCGGAACAUGAAAAUCUCACCACCAAGCCCAACCCGGAAGUUGAACCUAUGUGUGUUACUCGCACCACUGCCCAGCUGGAUGUCUUUGUGCAUUUGCUCGUAGCUCAGUCAUUGAGCUUAGGGUUGAAUCAGGGGGUGGCCUAUCAGAAAAACUUGAACUACCCGUUGACUUAUCUAAAAGAGAUAGCAAACGAAGAGUCUCAUAAUCCAGUGCGCACACUCGAAGAGCGGCGAACAUAUCUUGGAUGUUAUUACUUGACUUCGAUGAUAUCAACAUGUGUGAAAGACUUGGGACCGAUUAUACGCUUCACAAGAUAUACGGACGAAUGCUGCAAUAUGCUAGACCAGGUCGCAGAGUAUCCCACCGACACCUUCCUGGUACAGCUCGUCCGAGCGAUGAACCUCGCGGAUAGAGUUCAUCACACGCUAUACCACACCGAGUUCCAUUCUUCAUCAGUUCCAUCAGCGGCUCUUGGUCUUAGCAUACGAUGGCUAGAGGCUGAGCUCAAGCAACUCAAAGAUCGCAUGCGGGGCGAAUCACCACACUCUACCAUCCUUCAGCUGCAUUACAACACAGUGGAGAUACAUCUGUAUCGAGUUGCCCUCAGCAAACAAACCUCCCAGGCGCAUUAUGGCGACCAUCCUCUCAUGAGAUUGGACCUCCUAUUCCGUUGCCUUGAAACAACAACCUCCUUCUUCCGGCACAUCUUCGCUCUCCCCUCAGGCCUUUUACCCUACUUCCCCUUCACGAUUAUAAGUCAAUUAGGCAAAGCAACUGUCACCCUCUCCCAGCUUUCUCUCUACGAUCAUCCUGGAUGGGACCGAGCAUACGUGGAGAACGCAAUGAACUUCGACCAGACCAUCGACCAAAUAUUUGCCAAGCUUGAAGAGCAACGCGCAUCUUUCCAACAAAAGCUGGGGAAAGACUCCGAACCGACCGAGCUGCCUGAAAUAUUCGGAAGAAUGAGUUAUCGUGUCAGAACCAUUAAACAAAUCCAUCGACAGAGAAAAGAAGUACUGGACCAAACUCCGCCGACCAGUGUGUCCCAGAUGGACUACGAGCUUAUGAUGAAUAUGCCUCUGGAUUUAUUGUUUCCCUUUGGUGAACUCCCGCCUAUAUAUGGGCAAUCAUAG